AUGAAUCAGAAACUAGAUCGACUAGAGGCAGAGUGGAAGAUGUUAAGAGAUGAAAUGCAAAGAGCGAUAAAACUUGUUAAGAAAUGUUCCAAAGUAAAGUGGAAUAUCAUCAAGAAAUCAGCCUACCGACAAAAGUUAAAAGAUGUCAACGGUAACUUGCUACGAUUCUUUGAAUUCGAAGUUCAAGCUUUGCAGAGUCGGAACAUUAGGGAGACGCUUUUAGAGAUUAAGCCACAAGAAAUGGCUUUUUUGAAAGAUCCUAAUAUUUCCCAAUCCAUCUCCACACUAGCUAAUCUGGUAAUAUCUGUAGCACAAACCACGGCCAAUUUCAAGCCAGAACUGAAGCUACUCGUUCUCACCUUAGAGAGAAUUGCACCGAUCAUUCAGGAUACAAUUAUUAUGAAUCAGAAACUAGAUCGUCCAGAGGCAGAGUGGAAGAUGUUAAGAGAUGAAAAGAAAAGAGCGAUAAAACUUGUUAAAAAAUGUUCCAAAAUAAAAUGGAAUAUCAUCAAGAAAUCAGCCUACCGACAGAAGUUAAAAGAUGUCAACGGUGGGGUCCGUAAUCCCAGUGGCUCUCUGUCGUCUUCAUUCAGAACAGACCAAUCGAGAUGUGAAAACAUUGAAAGAGAAAAGUAUGGUUGGUGUGUUCCGGAACUUCCGAGUGGAAUUGUAGCAUUUGAUGAGCAGUUGGAGAAGCUGAAGGCGGAGGUUGUUGCAUGUAUCAACGGUGGUGGUGAUGGUAGCUCAAUGGAUUAUGAUUAUCGUUCGCUGCUGGCGGAUGUGGAAAGACUACUUUGGUGA